GGGAGACACAGAUGAAUGAGUUGUGAGAGAGAGAUCCAUUGUUGCAAGUCAACUCAGUAGUCCCAGCAUCUCUGACAGAACCUUCAAACAAAAAAAAAUGCAUCUUUGAAAUGACCCUUUUGCCCCUCCCUCCCUCCCCACUUCUGCUUUGACUCUCGCCAACGCCACCGCCCACAAUGGACGCCGCCACCACCAACGCCGGCUCGCCCCGCCCCAGCUCUGAGCUCCAGCUCAACGGGGCGUCAGAGGAUCCGAAUCGAAGCGGGUUGGGUCAGAAUUCGUCGGCGAGGUACAAGCUCAUGUCGCCGGCGAAGCUUCCGAUCUCGAGAUCGCCGUGCAUCACGGUUCCUCCGGGGCUGAGUCCUACGUCGUUUCUGGAAUCCCCUGUUCUUCUUUCCAACAUGAAGGUGGAGCCUUCACCAACUACAGGGUCCCUUCGUAAGCUUCAGCAAACAUUACAUGGUUCUAUGGCUUCUGCUGCCUCUGCUACAUUUCCGGUAACCACUGCAUGCUUCAAUACCAAUACUGUUGAUGACAGAAAAUCAAGCUUCUUUGAGUUUAAACCACUCAAUAGAUCGAAUAUGGUUCCUGCAGACUUCAACAACCAUGUAAGUAAACAAUCUAAUCAAGUAGAAGGUCCAGGGAAAGCUCAAUCAUUUGCUUCCUCACCAUUUGUUGAAAGUGAGAUAGCAGUUCCUUCUAAUGAAUUAAGCCUAUCAUCACCUGUACAAAUGGUUAGUUCUGGUGCUAGUACUCCUGUUGACGUUGAUUUGGAUGACAUUAACCACAAAGGUAACGCAGCUACUGGGCUUCAAGCAUCACAUGCUGAGGUCAGAGGCAGUGGACUUUCAGUUGCAGCUGAGAAAACAUCUGACGAUGGAUACAAUUGGCGAAAAUAUGGUCAAAAACUUGUUAAAGGAAGUGAAUUUCCUCGCAGUUAUUACAAAUGUACACAUCCUAACUGUGAAGUGAAAAAACUUUUUGAACGCUCUCAUGAUGGUCAAAUCACUGAGAUAGUUUAUAAGGGGACACAUGAUCAUCCUAAACCUCAACCGAGCUGCCGAUACUCUGCUGGUACUGUUAUGUCUAUUCAAGGAGGAGAAAGAUCUGAUAAGGCUUCUUCUUUGGCUGGCCGAGAUGACAAAGCAUCCACUAUGUAUGGUCAGGUGUCUCAUGGAGCUGAGCCCAACAGUACUCCAGAAUCAUCACCUGUAGCAACAAAUGGUGACGGUUUAGAGGGUGCUGGGUUAGUGUCAAGCAGGAUCAAUGAAGAGGUUGAUGAUGAUGAUCCCUUUUCAAAGCGAAGAAAAAUGGAACUUGGAAAUGCUGACAUCACUCCUGUAGUUAAGCCUAUCCGGGAACCACGGGUUGUUGUACAAACUUUGAGUGAGGUUGAUAUAUUGGAUGAUGGGUAUCGCUGGCGUAAGUAUGGGCAGAAGGUGGUGAGAGGCAAUCCUAACCCCAGGAGUUAUUACAAAUGCACAAAUGCUGGUUGCCCUGUCAGAAAACAUGUGGAGAGGGCAUCUCAUGAUCCGAAAGCAGUGAUAACCACAUAUGAGGGUAAACAUAAUCAUGAUGUACCAGCUGCUAGGAAUAGCAGCCAUGACAUGGCAGCACCAGCAACUGCAGGUGGACAAGCAAGAAUUAAAUUAGAAGAAAGUGAUACUAUUAGCCUUGACCUUGGGAUGGGCAUUAACUCAGCUGCGGAACAUAGAUCACAUGGACAAGGGAAAACACUGCACUCAGAAUUUGGUGACCCUCAAACUCACACCACCAAUUCCAAUUUCAAGUUUGUUCAUACUACCCAAGCUCCAGUAUACUUUGGUGUUCUAAAUAACAGCUCAAAUCCCUAUGGUUCUAGAGACAAUAGGAGUGAUGGUCCUUUAAACCAUUCCACUUAUCCAUGCCCACAGAGCAUGGGAAGAAUACUAAUGGGUCCAUGAAAUUGUUUACACCACAGAUAUUAAAAUAAAAAUUAUGAGUAACAUUUGGGUAUUUUUUUUGGGCGGGUAUAGCUUCAAAGGUGUAACAUCUCAUUUUCUAUAAGAAAAUGCGAUAGUUCUUUUACGUUUAUAUCACUAUUCGAGAGCUGCUGUUUAGGAGAAUUGGUAGCAGCUCCAUGUUGACUUCCAAGUCUAGUUGCCGUUUGUAAUUGUAUAAUUAUCUAUAAUUAUAUCCAAAUUCUUCUGUAUAAAUAUGAAGCUGAUGUCAAAGUUACUUUCACAAAACCUUGUAAAAGUGCAUUUAGCCUUUU